GAAAGUACUGUUGCUGGUGAGCGAAUGAAGCACGCCAAGUAGUGCAUUUUUGAUGGACAAGUAACGUGAGUGAUAAAGCAUCAACGAGCAUCGAGCAGGCGUUGAUCUGAGCAAGUUGUAGAGACGCUAAGGAAAUUGCGAGAGGCGAUUCGCAGCGGUCUACUCGCGAUUUCGCGGCCCGCAGCAGCUUCGUCCAGCUGCAGUAGUGCAUGCUGCAAUUAGCAUCGAGUAUCCCGCGGGCGUAUCCCGACCGUUGAGUGCAUAAUAAAUUCCAUCAGUCGAUGGUUCAGUUUUAUUAGUGAAUGUGUGCCUCGAAGGAGCGCUUCGUGCGUGCGCUGAGAUCAAAAGAAGCAGCAGCAUCAACGCGUUAAACGUGUUUGAUGAGUGCCAACUUGUCGUGAAAACAUCGAACAUCGCGAAUCGGCUGUCUCGAGUUGCGCCAGUGCGCGGCGCGCUCGUCUGUACAUUGUGUACAAACUCGUCCUCGAGCAUCGUUUCAGCUGCAGCGUACCAACUAUAGUUCAUUUGUCCUCGUCAUAACUGCCUAGUGCCUAUAGCCAGGUUGUGUCCUGUUUGCUGAAUUCAAAAAAUGAAUAAAGCCAGUUGUAUAAUUAAUUGGUUUUAUUUCUUUUGGUGGAAAUCAUGAUCAAUGAAUGUGGUCCACAAUAACACGCUUGUUCUCAAAUCAGCUGCAAGAAGCACGUCCAAGUACUGAACAUCAAUUCAAUAACCUAAACAACGGCGUGCCAGUGGCAGAUAUAGCUGUCGAUGUAUCUGUUGCAAUGGAACAUUAUACAAUAGAUGAAAAACAUAGAGGAUAUGGAGGAUCAAGUGAUCAACAUUCGACUAGUGGAGAUUCUUCAGAACAUUCAUCUGAUUCUUAUGAUGCUCGCCAGGCCAAACAGCGUGCUUCUGUAAAAUGGCUCUUGUCAAAAGCAUACAACAACCGGGUUCCCGAAAAGCUUCGAGAGCCAUACUAUCGGGAUCACGAGGAACAGGAGCACUUGAAGCCACAAAUUGUGCAUGCUCUGUCAAAUGCAGAGUUGUACUGUUUGGCGUUGGCAAAUAUUUAUUCAGAUCCAAAUUAUCACAAUCAAAAUCACACUGGCAUCCUCCAAGCUCUUGCGAGAAAAGGUGUAUACGUUGCCGAGCCCAACAGUACCCCGCUCACCGAAACUAUCCUCAUUCAAAAUUCGCCGCUCAAAAUGAGUGCGCAUAUGGCUGUGAUAGAAGGCCUGAUGGUCUUAUACGCGAAAGAGGUGGUCACAGGCGAGCGAGUAAUUGCAGCGAUUCAGCGAUUUGAUCCUCAGCCUCAAGCGUUAGAAAUUCCACAGGAUCACGAGCGAGGAUUGCUGCUCUGGAUCGGCCAUGCCUCGCAAGCACUUGUAGCCAAAAUUCAACUCGAGAAAUCAGAAAAAAGCAAGUUAUUACCCGAGUUGCCAGCUGCUCGGGAUUUACAAUCACUCUGCGAUGGGGUCGGUCUUGCUGCUGUGGUAGCUUUCUACUGUCCUGGAGAAAUUAACUGGAUGGAUAUUAGGGUAUCGAAGCGACCAUCCGUUGCCGAUGCUCUUCACAAUCUCUCUCUGGUCUACAGCUUUUGCCAGCGUUGCCUACCUUAUCCAAUCUUUCACAUGCAGCCAGAGGAUGUCAGCUACAUGAGAGGGUCCAUGAAGCAAAACCUGGUCGUGUUUUUGGCCGAGAUGUACAACGUUUUAGAAAUACAUCCUGCCAAAUGUGUAAGAUAUCCUGGCGAAGAUCGAGCUCAUUUAUAUCUAGACGCGUGCCCGCGCAAUAUUUAUGGUGUCGCUCACAAGCGCAGUCUACCACUCGCUGUAACUGCCAUACCUGAUUUGAGAAGCAACCUCUCGAUGUCGGCCCCGGGCUUCACAGGUAUCCGCACCAUGAGCCACCAGCAACUGUUUACAAAAUCGAUGGUGCAAAAUACAGUUAAAAAAUCGCAGUCCAUGCAGCAAACUUCAGAAACUCACGUUGACGAGAGGAGUAUCAGAAAAACGACCAGUGAAGAAGCGUUCGUAGCCCAUCGAAAUAAAGGGGUACCAACGAUAAGCACGGCGUACGAUGAUAAAACGCCAGUAAGAGCCGAGGCUGCUGGUCGGCCUAGUAACUGGGAUGAGAAUAGGCGAAGCACUUACGCUGGUCGGAGAUCGAGACGAAAUAGCAUAAGUGCUGAAGAUUCACAGCUAACUAUUGAAAACUUCGGAGGGUCCCAAGUGAGAAAAAAUUCUGUUCACGAGAUGUUAUUAAAAAAAAUUGAGACUAUUAGAGACAAUAUCCACAACGUUGGUCGGAAUCCAGAUAAGGUCUCUGCAAAAGCUCUCGGUCGACAUCCGCGCAUUUUAAACGCUGAGCCAGCAACGCCAGCCAGAUCAAGUAUCCAAGAUGCUUAUAGCAGUGGUGUUCAACAUAUUAUCGCAGAUAAUGGGCAUACCAGUGACGACACUCCACCGCCACCAGCCCGACUCAGGCGACAUGUGUCGCUGAAGAAUAUUCUACAUUCCACAGACAAUGAGGCGAUUGGUCAGGUUGAUGGUGACUCACCUGCGGUUGUCAGUAGGCCCCCCAGUGGGGCUAAGAUGGCCAGCUUUGCUAAUCUCAGUAAAAGCUCAGAGAAGGGCAUUAACCUCACCUACAGUGAUCAACAAGACACAAGCAAAGAUGACCAGUCGAAACAAAGCCUAAAUGUCUCGUCGUCUAUGGCCACGGAUAAAAAGAUCAAUCAAAGUAAUGGAAACGGAUUCGUUGAGAAAAAAACGACGUUUGCAACAUUACCCAAUAUGACAACUUGGCAACAACAGAGUAACCAACAAAAUCAGCAAAUAGAACGAAACAAUAUUGAUGAAAGUAAUGGUAAUGCACUCAUGGCUUCUCAGUUGAAUAACAUUCGAUUAAAAUUAGAAGAGAAGAAACGACACAUCGAAAAUGAAAAAAGAAAGCUAGAAGUUCAUAUGUCAAAAACUCGACAAAAAGUUGGCAAAGCUGCUUUCCUUCAAGCUGUCACUAAGAGUAAAAUUAAGUCACCCUCAUCGUCGACGUCGGGUGGGGCAAGUCCCGCAGAUGUAAGCACGCCGCUGAGUUCAGGCACUGAUCAGCAAAAUGCCGUAGAUGAGUGUAUUUUGUCUUCUACAGCUUCAUCUUUGAGUUCGCAUUUGCCAUUUGAAAAACCCCAACGACCUUUCUCUCUAAAGGAAAUAAGUGAAGAUGUCCGCGAUGUUGAGCACAAAUGGCUGGACCAGGAUGCUACACCUUACGUGGAAACUAGGCGAACACCUGAUAUUGAAAACAUGGAUUAUGAUCAGUACCAUCAAUCAAUCACUCAAAUGAAUAGUAGUUUGACUGAAAUUCAGCAAGAUAUUCAACGUUUAGCAAGCCAACAAAAUCAAAUUCAGCAGCAGCAUUUAUUGGCACAACAACAUCAACAAAUGCAACAACAAUUACAGCAACUUCAAAGUCUUAGUCAACAACAACAGCAUCUACAUCAAUCUUAUGGGGCUUCUUCUCAAAAUCCAGUCUCUGCGAGAUUGCCUGAAUCACCGCAAUCUCAGUUUUAUCUUCAUGAUCAACCACAAGUGCCAAGACGUACAUGGGGUCAACCUCAACCACUACAGUUAGGAAAUGAUUUGUCAGCCAUUGCGUAUAAUCAGUCUAUGGAUUCAAGAUAUAUUUCAUCACAAGUGUAUCAACAAGAUCCAAGAAUGUAUCAGGAUACUCGAGCGUGGGGAGUACCAAUACCGCAACAAAAAGGAUUUGUUUUACACGAUUCAACGCAGGAUCAACGUUAUCUAAAUGGUGGCGAGCAUAGUUUAUCGAAUAAUCAACAUCACGUAUCCUCAUACUCGACGGCACAAAAUCUAUUCAAUCAAACACCUACUGGUUCAGCUAGUCCACAACAUCGUAAUGCUGUACAUCGAAUAAGUCAGUUGAUGAACGACAGUGCUGAAGUAAAAAGGCAGUCUGUACAUCACACAUCCAUGCAGUGUGAAAAUAACAGUGAAAAACGGUUAAACUCUAUGCAUCAACAAGAAGUUGAACCUUCCAAUGUAUCGUACUUGGUUAAUGAGGAAGACUUUAAUCAAGGCAUGCGAAACUUAAAUAUCACGUCAGGUAGUCGAACGUACAGGAUACCAUCACCAACCCGACCGUCUAUAUCAAGGAAUUCGUUUCAACCUCACUCCUCAUUGCGAGAAAAAACUCCAUCACCAUCUGGCAACGCUAGCGAAGUUGUGCCAUUAGAAUCAAGUGAUGCUAGUGGAAAAGGUUUUUAUAUAUCAUUUGACGAUGUACCAAAAAAGCCAAAACCUUCGCUAAGAACAAAAAAAUUAUCCCCCAAAAAGGAAAGAAGUGUUUCAUCGUAUAUUGAUGAAAAUGAUUUCAUUGCUCGCUAUGAUCCUCCACCCGCUAGUACAGCAAUCGAUAGGCAACGGCAACAGAUUGCCGCACAAAAAGAAAUAGAGAAAGAAAAGCAAAGACAAGCGGCUGAAGAAAGAGAACAGCAGUUUCAAAAGCAAAAAGAACUUAAAGAUCGAGAAGCAGCAAAAGAACAACAGAAGGAAAGACAACGCAAUUUGGCUUCUGAAAAAGGAGCAAACAGUGUUGGAUUGCUGAUAGGAAAUCAAUUGGCGCAUCCAGAUCCUAAUUCCAUUGACGAAAUGGAGCGUAAGAAAGAGAAGAUCAUGUUAAUGUCUUUACAGCGACGGCAACAACAGGAAGAACUGAAAGCACGCAAAGAAGCCGAAGCUCAAAGACGCCGAGAUGAAGAGAAGCUGAAAGAAGAAGAAAGGGCAAGAAAAAAAGAAGAAGAAAAAGCACGAAGGGCUUCUAUUCUAGAACAAUAUAAACUUAAAAAAGCAAUAGAAGAAGCCGAAAGAGAACUUAAACAUUCCGUUUUGUUACUUAAGGGGAAGGUCAUUGACAAGGAAUUGCUUAAUGCAUUAAAGCCGGCUAAACUGCGUAAUAAAGCCACUCCUAUACGACCACGGCCAAAAACUAUUCAUGUUGAUGCAGGCGCAGAUUUGGAUUCUGGCGUUCUGACGCCUAGUAGAGGAAAGAAAGGGUCAUCCUCAAAUCUGAGUACAGCGUCGCUGACAUCACCAACGAUGAGGCGGGAUUACUAUCGUGGCUCUCAAGACAGUUUGACUACUGCUCAUCUCGAAGAACGCCGUUCCAGCUCUCUUUACAGAGGCAGCAGCCUCAGGGUAUCUUCCAUAGAUUCGCCAGAUGACGGACGGGGUCCAUCGCCUUCACGAAGUAAUCUAUUGGGUAGACGAGGUUCUUACAAGACAUCAAGAGGUGAGUCUUCACUCACCUCGUCAACGCUCACUCUCGCAAAUUCUCAGGACUCUCAUCAACAGGUUAGAGGCAGACCUAAAUAUCCGAGUUACCAAAACUUUAAGGGAAGAAAGUCUAAUUCGAUGAUGAAUCUGUGCGAUACGGACAGUGGUUUGGGACGAGCAACACCGCCAAGAAGAGCGGCGAGUCCUGGUAUGGGAAGUAUGAGGCACUUACCGUCUCCGUCAGGACCUGGAUCUCUUCCACCAGGUCUUAUGACUAAGCGAAGAGUUUUUGAUGAUGGAAGUAGUGAUAUCAGCAGUACUGCUAGUUCAAUGAUGGAUUACAAUGGCCCGAGACUUUAUAAACAGCCAGCGACAAAGUCGAAUCGAGGUAUUAUGUUGAACGCCGUAGAAUAUUGUGUCUUCCCGGGUACUGUUAACAGAGAUGCUAAACGCCGAGUGCUCGAUGAGAUAUCAAGAUCCGAAAGUAAACACUUCCUGAUUCUCUUCCGAGAUGCUGGCUGCCAAUUUCGGGCUUUGUAUUCUUAUUGUCCAGAUAGAGACGAAAUAAGUAAAUUAUACGGCACUGGCCCAAAACAGGUCAUCGACAAUAUGUUCGACAAAUUUUUCAAGUAUAAUUCUGGUGGUAAAUGUUUUUCUCAAGUUCAUACAAAACACUUGACUGUCACCAUAGACGCCUUUACGAUACACAAUAGUCUCUGGCAAGGUAAAAAAGUGAAUUUACCGAACAAAAAGGAUAUGGCUCUUGUCAUCUAGUUUUACACAAGAAAAUUGCGUUAUAUACUUCAUCUAAACGUACCCUUCGUUGCUCAUAGUUACUAUUUUAUACAAGCCCAUAUUAUUUAUAACAAAAGCAUAGUAUUGCUUAGUCAGUUUUAAAUUGCAAAAUGUUUAGGCAACAAAUAAAAUGCAAAUAACAAAAAACUUGUCAUUAUCGAUGCUGACGUCUGCAAUCGUAAUCGAAUAUUUUAUAAUAAUGUGAAUAUAUUUAUGCAAUAUGUUAUACAAAUCGUUAAUCAUAACUUUGAAGAAAAUGUUCGCUUCCGACGUCAACAUCGACGCUUUACCAAUGUAAGAUUAAUAUACAUAAAUAAGAGGAAUUGUUUUCCGGCAAACCGAAUGUAUUGCACGUAACUUAUUGGCGUAAUAUAUCUUGUUAUCUAGCUUAAGAUUAAACGUAGGUAGAUUAUUAUUUUAUGUGUACAUUUUAUACAUACAUUGUCAAAUCGCCCCAAUAAUUUAUAUUCUUUCUUCCUAUAAAUUGGGAAACUAAUCAUUUGCAACAGUACAAUAUAGUAUUUAUAUACUUGUUAAUCUACUUCGAUUAAGUACAUGUUAAAUUCCAUAAAAAGUUAUGUCUAUUGAGCUUGACUGCCUGUACAGUGUCAUUUUCAUAUCUAUUCAUAAAUAUUUCAGUCUAUAUUAUUAACAUGAAAGCUGUUCAAGUUUUUUAAUAUAUAUGUAUAUCCUUUUAUGCAAAUUCAAGUCUGUUACUUGUAAUGCUAUAGUAUUAAAAUUUGUAAUACAAGAUUUUUUAAAUCGGUG